GACCUUGGGAUUGGGGUGGGGAGUAGGAGGCGUGGCUGCAGAAGUGAAGCAGAAGUGGAGUUGAGGGGCCCUCAGCCACGUGACCAGCGUGGGCGCUAAAAAAAGUGGCUUCUUCAGUUGGCCAGCAACUUGUAAAGUCGCCUGUCUUCCCUGGAGACCCCUUGGCAGCCUGGCCCUGGAAUGGCUGGAUCAGGCUCUUGCACUGAUUGAUCCAGCUAAAUUCUGUGGAAAGCCAGGCUGUUCAUCAGCAGAUUCUCAGCAACAAGUUCCUCAUUGUACGAAUGAGAGAAUUGCUGUGGAAGCCGGAGGACUGCCGGAGGUUUUACCGAGAGCAUGAAGGUCGUUUUUUCUAUCAGCGGCUGGUGGAGUUCAUGACAAGUGGGCCAAUCCGAGCCUACAUCCUUGCCCACAAAGAUGCCAUCCAACUUUGGAGGACACUGAUGGGACCCACCAGAGUGUUUCGAGCACGCCAUAUAGCUCCAGAUUCAAUUCGUGGGAGUUUGGGCCUCACUGACACCCGAAAUACCACCCAUGGCUCAGACUCUGUGGUUUCCGCCAGCAGAGAGAUCGCAGCCUUCUUCCCGGACUUCAGUGAACAGCGCUGGUACGAGGAGGAGGAGCCCCAGCUGCGCUGUGGUCCUGUGCACUACAGCCCAGAGGAAGGCAUCCACUGCGCAGCUGAAACAGGAGGCCCCAAACCAGCUUAGUAAAGCCCUGUCGGUCCCUGAGGACUGUGCAGUGUGCAGCCUUUCUCUUAGGGUCAGGAACGCGGUCUGAAGACACUGUCUCUGAUGGACCCCACCACCUGCCGGAAGGUCUAGCAGACCACAGUUCUGCUGCGGCAGCCCAGAUCUAUCUACCUCUUCUAGGAGUAUUCACGGAGGUUCAGGAAGGAGGUGAUGCCUCCGUCCUUGAGAAAGAGCCUGCCUGUUGACCAGUCAGGAAAACGCAGUGCCUGCCUGUGUAACCAGCAUCCACCUGGCUUCCUUAAUAAACUUCAUGCUAC